UCCGAUCCGUGAUCCGGUCCGUGAUCCGAUCCGUGAUCCGGUCCGGUCCGAUCCAGGUUUUGUCGACGCCGUAUGCGUAGCUGAGUACUCGUUGUUUCAUAUCUGCUUAGCUACCUAGCCGCUAUUCCAAGAAAUGCUUUUGAAAUGACUGGUUAAGCCCGCAAUGCAAGGGAGUUUGUUUCACGUGAAAACACUGUGCCCGCCAUCUAAAUCUAGGAACUUGCAUUCCUUUUGUAAGCUCGUGCUUCACACGUGUGACAUCGCGAAGGUUUGUUCUUGUUUUGCGCUUACGUUUGCAUUUGAGUUUGCGUCGCUCCUGUAGAGUGACUGUCUCGUACUCAGGCACGCCUUUUUCUACGCAAAGGGCAACGAAUUUUUCCUCCAAAUUUUAUCUCCAGUUAGCCUUCCUUUGAUUAUUCGAGGCCUUUACGCAUGAGGUAGGCGAGAUAGUCAAUUGAGGACGCUUCUUUAAAACCCCAAGAAAAACGGAGUGACAUCCACAACAAAUUUGGGAUUUCAAAGAGAAGAUAAUUAAAAGAACAAAGACGGAUUCUUAGCAGGGCCAGACGCGAGGAUGGGCUCAAAGCCAAGAUAACUUGUAUAUAGAAGUUUAUACAAUAAAUUUAGAAGAACAAACUUGCUAACCAAGGGAGUUCGAACAGUGAACAUGUGAAUUCGUGUUUUUGUGAGUAUUGGGAACUUUCUCUUUUCCUUGAAAAACUGUUUUGUCAAUGCAAAACGUUGUCUUGAUUGAGAGAAAAUUUGUGUACUCUUCUUGCGAUCACUUCUUGAUACAGUAUACCCUACUUGGGAGCUUCGAUUUCAAUAUGCAAUAAAAGAAGUGUAUUACCUACAGAGGUCAGUUUAUCUCCCCUUCGCGUAUCGUUUUAUCUACUUUGUACGACUUGAGACUUAAUCCUCCAAGUUGGAUCAGUUUAACUCCUGUCUAAACCGACUCCCCUUUCAGCUGCGUUUCCUGUGGAACCCUCUCGCUCACGCUCGCGAAACUAGCUACGGAACUAAUUAUAAGAAUCUGUAUCCAGUCGCAGUCACGGAUCUGACAAAUAAUCCUGCACAGAUCUGUUGCGUUUUGUCCUGUAAAUUGUAACAGCGAUGACCCUGGUUCUAGGACAGUCUUAUCUGAAUCACGAACAGCAGUCUUUAUAAUUUUGGCGCGUUUUCUCUUCCACUCCUGAAUUUUAAAGUUCUGUUUCAGCAUUUAAAAGGGUGACGUUUUUUAUUAAUAGUUAAAAUACACACUCGGCAAUAAGGUGUGUAACUUUAAACGAUUAUAAACAUGCUACGGAAUGCGUCCGUCCGUCAUUCGACCGUCACGUUUCGCCAAGUUUGACCAUCACGAGUUUUUGUCCGUCUCGGGUUUUUGUGACUGUCCUUGUGGACCUAUGGCUGAAUUUAAGUUAUCUAUGGACUUCGAGCUUUGCUCUAUCAUUCGGAGCGGGUUUUUACUCGCCUUUUAUCCUUUUCUUGAGUUUUAUCGUUGUCUCGAGAGGUACAAGGAUGAUUAAAAUCCCUUCACCUGGCGGAUAUAACAAGCUUGUAUACACAGAACUUCUGGAGGAUCAGUACACAGAAAGUGCUAACAUCAAACUAGAGAACAUCAAAGAGGAAGACUUAGUUGUUGUCAAAACAUACGCCUGUGGUGUAAACCAUGCCGACGUUUGCACUCGUUGGGGCUUGUACAAGUCAGCGAAGAAUUUCGCAGGCUGGCCGAUCACACCUGGCUUUGAAUUCAGUGGUGAAAUCGAAAGUAAAGGCGAAAAUGUGACGAACUUUAAGAUCGGCCAAAAGGUUUUCGGUGUUUCUGUAUUUGGAGCUUACUCAAAACGCAUCAGAGUGCCAAAACAUCAGAUAUUUCCACUACCGAGAAAUUUCGAUACGAACGAGGCAGCUGGAUUUUUGACUGUAGCUUUGACCGCUUGGUACGGAAUGUUUGAACUUGCCAGACCCCGAGCUGGUAGCUGGAUACUUGUGCACUCUGCCGCAGGGGGAGUGGGAAGUAUGCUGGUGCAGCUUGCAAAGAUCAAUAGCUGUAAUGUGGUGGGUGUGGUGGGUGCAAGUCACAAAGUGGACCUUGUCAAGCAGUUAGGUAAGUUUUAAAUGUUAUCGAAGUAGUUAAGAGUGGAUGAAGAGUAACUUGAAGCUAGUUAAUCCGCCAUAUAGGCGUUAAGGCAAUUCCUCUCAGGUUAUUUUUAGACAUGGUAAAGUGGUCUAAACACAACUUGAUAGGGAUUAUCAUGGGAAUAAAGCCAAUGGGGGAUUACAUCUCUUAACCUUGCCUGAUAUAAUUUCUCUUUGUUUAUUCUCAUGGGAAAAAGGGUCAACAUGUGCUCAAUUCUAAUAUACUAGUAUUCUCGAUCACUAGACUAACAGACUCAAAGAAUACAGUGGAACCCCGCUUAUGCGGUCACCAACGGGCCACGAAAAUUUGGCGGUAUUAGCACUACUCCUGACUGGUCUUAAUUAAAUUGAGUGACGUACAGAUAUUCACAAUUGCACCUCUAAACAACUGCCCUUCAAUAGGCAUCCAGAAUGCAGAUAUAAUGUCAAAAAAUUGAAACUUCAAUCAGUUCAUUCAAUAUUGACAUUGAAAAGAUGAACAUAACUGGUUCGAGUGGCCGUACAAACGGGGUAAAAUUAUUCAGUGACGUACACAGGUUGGGAUUUUAGAAUGUGGCCGUUUGCCGUACACGUACUGACGGGGUGGUCGCAUUGACGGGGUUUUCUUACAAGGAAAUGUAUGGGCGU